ACCAAAGACUGGUUCUCGAAAAACACCGGAGUUCGCCUUCGUAAGAACACCACUGUAUUGAGCCGUGUACAUGUACCAAAACAUUCGUAUAUGUAUGCGCGCCUUUACGCAGAUCGUGCGAAUCGUUGUAGUUGUGUAAAUAACAAAACGCGGUGAAGCUGCUGAAGUAUCGUACCAAAUAGCAUUGAAGGAAUCCGUAAAAUCAAAAACCCGUUGCGAAGGAAAUCGUAACGUUAAACGUUUCUGUUACGGCAAAAUCCACGGAACACUUGUUGUCGUAGUGUACACAUAAAAAUAACUCGCGUGUUAAAUCGUUCGAGGGAAAGAAAGUGAUACGUUAUACGACAUCGUUGAACGACGAGGUGCCUGUAAUACGCAAACUCUAUUAUUUAAAUUAUCGAUUUGCAAACUUGAAUCUUUGGAAUAAACGAUAGACUAUACGUCGAUUAUCGAAAGUCGUGUUUCGUUGUGAGCAAGGAAGUGAAUUUCGUUGAUAAAUCGUGUUCGACAAAUGAAACUCGACUGGUAAUAAUGAGUGUGAAAAGCAGACAUCGCCGAGUGUAUUUUGCCCUGGGACUCGCCGUUUUUUGACGCAAACAUAUACGCCGUGACAUUCCGAGGUUGUUAAAGUUCUACAUACUCUUCAUACCGAUUUAGUUGAUGUUAAGAAUAAAAAAAAAAUGAAUGGAUUCAGUACCGGUGAAGAAGAUUCCAGGGGAGCUGCUGAUCAAAUUUGUUGCCUUGUAGAUGAGGGUGAACGAUGCACUCGGCCAGCUGGCAACGCUUCUUACAGCAAACGUAUUCAAAAAACUGUAACUCAACGGCGAUUGAAACUUAAUCUCGAUCAAGUGGCACGUCAUAUAUACAUUUGUGAUUAUCAUAAGCAAGUAAUCCAAUGUGCAAGAUCUAAACAACAGCAACAGCGAAGACGUAAAGAUUCUGAAGAAGAUUCAGGGGAAACAGAUAAUGAUCUUCCAGAGGUUGACCUUUUUCAAUUACAAGUUGGUACAUUAAGACGGUAUAAGAGGCACUAUAAAGUUUCCACAAGACCAGGUUUAAAUAAGGCUCAAUUAGCCGAUACACUUAUGAAGCAUUUCAAAACCAUACCUGUAAUUGAAAGAGAAGCAUUAAGUUUUUUCAUGUACACAGUAAAAACAAAUGCAAAUAAAUUGGAUCAAAAGAAUGGUUUAAGUAAUGAUACUACAUAGCCUAGGCUGCACUUUAUGAGUUUUGUUAUUGUAAUAAUACUUUACUAGUGAGAUCAAAAGUAUGUGUAUGGAUUUUUACUUGUUAAUAGGCAUAUGUAUUUUGUAAGAUCUAU